AUGGAGGGCGCACCUCCCUCUCCCGCUCAACAUCAUGGUCCUCCCAGCGUAGUAGGACAAGAGGGAAUGCCUCCACCAGCACAACGACCCCGCGGCCCUAAGCUCAAGUUCACGCCCGAAGACGACCAGUUACUUGUCGAUCUCAAAGAGAAGAAAAACCUCACCUGGAAGCAAAUCGCCGACUUCUUCCCUGGCCGCAGCUCUGGCACACUCCAAGUUCGGUACUGCACGAAGCUCAAAGCAAAGACCACUGUCUGGACGGAUGAUAUGGUGGUAAAGCUUCGCAACGCCAUGCAGGAGUACGAGAACGACCGUUGGCGCAUCAUCUCCUCGAAGGUCGGCAGCGGCUUUUCGCCUACCGCGUGCAAAGACAAGGCCGAGCAACUAGAGGCAGUAGAGAUGGCUGCACAGGAAGAGGAGGAGGAAGAAUCACACCGACAACAUCAACACCAGGGCACCUAUUCCUCGUCGCAAAUGGCCGCUGGCCCAAGCGAUCCAGGCGCAAAUUACCAAUGA